AUGUCGGGCCAUCGGCAGGCUAUAUUCAAUCAACAUGUCCUCGUCGACACCACGCCUAUGCCGGAGGACAUCCCGAAGGUGGAGGAGAUCGGAGCCAGUUCAGCGCCGUUGAUGAGUGCCUCAUACUUCAUUGGCGAUCGGUGCAAGGCGUUCAACGACGAUUAUAUGAAAUGCAAACAAGAAGCAAAUGGGAGAGGAGAGAUCGAAUGCUUGAAAGAAGGCCGCAAAGUCACUCGUUGUGCUGCUAGCGUGCUAAAAGAUAUCAACACACAUUGCCUCAAGGAGUUCCGGGGCCAUUGGGAGUGUCUCGAAAACAAUAACCAGCAACUCUGGUACUGCCGGGGCCCAGAACAGAAGCUGAAUGCUUGUGUAUUCGACAAGCUUGGUCUCAAAAAAGUCAUCCCCGGCACCCCAGAAAACCAAACUCCCGUACACCUCAGGAAAAAGCAGAUCUUCGCCAACACCCAAAGCCCGCAGUGGUAG